GAGAAGGAUUUUCCCGCACUGAAAGCUGGAAGUGACGUACUUCCUUCGCGGUAAAUGGUGCUGCAUGCGACAGAUGCCAGCGGAGAAAUACAGCAACACAGAAAUCUAAACAGGUGCAAUUCAAACUUUCUUCGGAGCUGGCCAAGUAGAAGUUGUCACUAUGUUGCCCGCGUCACAGUCUGCAUGUUGAUGUAGAACAUCUAUUGUUGCGCAACAUCUUCAACGCGCGCCUUCCAUCCCAUCAGCUUUCUAAAGUUCCGCCCUCUGGAAAGACAGGUGGAAAUAUGAGCAAGGCCAGAUCCAGCUGGGACAAGAGGGCCCCCCAGGGGCCUGCCCUCACCAGGGUGACCCGUAGCUCCACCCCCCAGGCCUGGCACACAGAGCCGCCCCAGGACUCUGGGCCUGGCCCACAUGGGACCCAGCUGAGGAAGCAGACAGACUCAGCCCUACCCCUGGCCCAGGACCUCAGUCAAAUGAGUGUGAGUGGACAGGACACCUCACUACCACGGAAAGGGAGGGUGUCUAAGGGCAGCAGUGGCCCCAUCCAGGGGGGUCCGUCGUCCUCUGGCUCUAAGCCUACACAGAGCUCCCCCUCUGGGCCGGCAAUGAAUCCCUCUCCCCGGGGAGGCCUGGCUGCUGUGGCUCGUCUGGUGAAACUGGGGCGCUGUAAGAAUGUGGUGGUGGUGGCCGGUGCAGGCAUCAGUACGGCCAGCGGUAUCCCAGACUUUAGGACCCCGGGCACAGGGCUGUAUGCCAACUUGGCCAAGUACAACAUCCCCUACCCGGAGGCCAUCUUCAACAUCGAGUACUUCUCCAACGACCCUCGGCCCUUCUUCUCCCUGGCCAAGGAGUUGUACCCAGGCAGCCACCGACCCAACUACAUCCACUACUUCAUCCACAUGCUGCACCUCAAGGGCCUGCUGCUCCGCAUGUACACCCAGAACAUUGACGGCCUGGAGAAGAUAAGUGGCAUCCCAGACGAGAAGCUGGUGGAGGCUCAUGGAAGUUUUGCGACUGCUUCCUGUCACCUGUGCUACACCCCAUUCCCUGCCCAGGAGGCCAAGAGUGCCAUAAUGAGUGACGAGGUCCCGGUCUGUACAUUCUGCCAGGCCACGGUCAAACCGGACAUAGUGUUCUUUGGAGAGGACCUUCCUGAGAAGUACUUCCUGCAUUCUAAAGACUUCCCUAAAGCUGACCUGCUCAUCAUCAUGGGCACGUCUUUACAGAUCGAGCCCUUUGCCAGCCUGGUGAACACAGUGAGGUCCACGGUUCCGCGGCUGCUCCUGAACCGGGACGCAGUGGGUCCCUUUCAGAAGGUGCCCCUGAGGAGGGGCGACUACAUAGAGCUGGGGGACCUGGUGGACACGGUCAGGAGGUUUGGUGAAUUCCUAGGGUGGCAUUCCGAGAUCCAAGACCUGAUGACCAGUCAGGAAAAUGGGACCAUCCCUACUCUGGUAAGCAAUGUUUCAUCAGGAAGGGGCCGAGAAGGGCCCACCCAGACCAAAGCCACUGGCCUGGGGAGGAGAGGGGCAUCAGAGCCCCGAGGAAGGUUGCCCCCUAAGUCCAGGCCAGGGGCCCGUGGCCCCACCAACGGCAGCAGUGAGAGCGACUCCGAGUCAGACAGCAAGAGCAUAGUUUCAUCCAGCCCAAGUAAAUGAAACUGAACAUUGAACAUGUCCCCUGG